GUGUUGCGGUCCCCACUGAGCUGCACACAGCUGACUGAAGCGGAGUCAGCUCGGUUCACCCAGCGGGCAGCAGCAGCAGCAGCAGCAGCAGCAGCCAGCGGCCUCCAUUUUAACUCCGACGCCGAGCCAUACCUCACGUGUCCUGGGCUGUCUCUCUCACAUGACCCGAGUGUUUGUUCCCGUGAUCAGCACUUCCAUCUCCGUCUGUGACACCGAAUAUCACUUUUUAUACUAACACUGAUGGAUAUGCUCGAACAGAGUUUGGACACCGCAAGCCAAGAAAAGCAAGAAGAAGAGGUUGUCCACACAUCUGAAGACGGAACAGGAGAAGAGCAGACAGCUGUUACUAUAGCCAGUGUUCAGCAGGCUGCAGCAUUUGGUGACCAUAACAUACAGUAUCAGUUUCGCACUGAGGGUGGUCAGGUGACGUAUCGUGUUGUUCAGGUGACUGACCAGAACCUUGACGGAAGAGAUGAUGGGGGAGGAGCGGUGAGUGUCGUCUCUACAGCCGCCUUCGCCGGGGCUCCUCAAGCCGUGGCUCAGGCUGUGAUCCAAAACCCUUUCAGUAAUGGAGGAAGCCCAGCAGGAGAGGCGGUGGGAGGGGAGACGCGCUUCGCUUACUUCCCCGCAACCGCGGUGAGCGACGGAACUGUGUCUGUGCAGGCUGCCACGGACCCCACACUCACACAGGCGGGGGGUCAGUUUUAUGUGAUGAUGACCCCCCCUGAUGUAAUUCAGACAGGCACUCCACGAACCAUCGCACCCCGCACACAGCCCUACCCCGCAGAGGAAAACGAGCUGCUGCAGCAUGAAGGUUUAAACUGGAAAAUGGAUGGACCGCGAACACCAAGAGAUGAAAGGAGAAGAGCGCAACAUAAUGAAGUUGAGCGGCGGCGAAGAGACAAGAUCAACAACUGGAUUGUCACGCUUUCCAAGAUCAUCCCAGACUGCAGUAUGGACAGCACCAAGACUGGAGCAAGCAAAGGAGGCAUCCUGUCCAAAGCUUGUGAUUACAUCCGUGAGCUGAGGCAGAGCAACCAGCGACUGCAGGAGAGUCUGAAGGAAGUGGAGAGGAUACAAGUGGACAAUGAGUUGUGCAGGCAGCAGAUUGAAGAGUUGAAGAAUGAGAAUGCUUUGCUCCGAGCGCAACUCCAGCAACACGGCAUCGAGAUGGUUGGAGAGACACCACCGCAGUGAAGCAGAGACAAAAAAAAAAACAGGGAGGGGCACUACCACCCAGGCAUACAACCGAUGCUGUGGAAAAGAUGGCGAGAAGAUCAAAAAAAAGGACUUGUGAAGAUCACUUUCUGGGUCCCCAGGUUGCGAUCCCUUCACUGGCCAAUUGUGGCUGUACUUGACUGUUCCAAUCCUAUUGAGAUAACCACCUGUUACAACCCGGUAGAAAUGUGCUCCAAGAAAAUAUACCCACUGACCACCAUCAGAGUGCUUUGCUAGCACCAGCUUUGAAAGAGAACCUCUUCUGAACUCCUCCCUUGUUUUGUAUUUAUGUAGCCUCACUCAUGGACUAUGAUGUUUUUCAUUUAAUUUUGUUACCCGUCAGUGUAUUUUCCCCCCAAAUUAUUAAUUUUGACUUAGUUCAUGCUUUUAUUCUGUUUGUGUUUUUGAGUUCUGUAUUAAUAUGUUGUUUUUAGCUGCUUUAAUUUAUUAGUCUGCUUGCUGACACAAGCCUUGAUGGAGACCAGUUACAUUGAAGCUCAUGCACCCCAGAGAAGCAGAUUGAAUUUUAAGUGAGAAAACAUCAAAGUAUGCAAAACAUUAUGAUUGUACAGACAGAAAUAAUGUGACACACAUAGCUUACCUACACCCAAAGAUGAACAAGGCGCUGUGCUGGUCUAUGCUUCUGGGCUGAUUUAUGUAAAUAUGACUUCUCAUGUUUUAAUACAGAUGUUACAGAAUGUUAGAGCAGAUUAUCUCUGGGAGUAAACAAUCAAUAACUCAUUAACUUCA